GCCUCUGACUUCCGGGGCAGGUACGGGUCGGCGCACGCGGCCGCGAGCCGGUUGACUUUGCGGAGCCAUGGAUGGCUUCAGCUCGGACUUCGGCGGCUCCGGCGGCGGCAAGCUGGACCCCGGGCUCAUCAUGGAGCAGGUGAAGGUGCAGAUCGCCGUGGCCAACGCGCAGGAGCUGCUGCAGAGGAUGACGGACAAGUGCUUCCGGAAGUGCAUCGGGAAGCCGGGGGGCUCUCUGGACAAUUCGGAGCAGAAAUGCAUCGCCAUGUGCAUGGACCGCUACAUGGACGCCUGGAACACCGUAUCCCGCGCCUACAACUCGCGGCUGCAGCGAGAACGAGCCAACAUGUGAUCGGGAAAUGCGGUGCCUGGCCGAGCCAGUGGGCCGCCCCCACCCGUGUUCGGUUUCCAUAAAUGUGCUUUGUGAGGCAGGGGCCAGCGUGUGCGUGCUGCCUGCCCGUGGUUUAUGAGGAUGAGGCUGGUGCUGGGACACUUGGAAUUUUGUCCCCCUCCCCCUGGCCAGGCCGACCUCCCACCUGCCAGCGAGUGUAGUUGGGGACUUCGGGACCCUGGAAUUUCCCACAGUGCUGGCAGCGCUGUGGCACCUUUCCUGGUGUGCCCGGGUCACCUUUAUGCCCGAGCCGUAGACUUCCUGUGGGCCUGCGGGUGGGGAGAUGGUCAGACCCCACCUGAGCUGUGACCUCCUGGGGGUGGGCUGACAAAUAAAUGGAUGAGGGAGGGGUGGAGAGAGUCCUGUGUGUCUUCCCUGGAGGAGGCCUGUGUCUGGGGUACCUGAGUCCCCUGCCCAGACUGAGCCUUAGUCUCUGCCCCACCCCCACCCCCACCCCCAUUUCCCCCCUGGGCGCUUGCUACUGUUCCCUGGAUGACACCAAAGGAACCCUGAAGAUGAGGCUGAACCCCAGCCCCAAAGGCUGGGGUUAUGGCAGCCCUCUUCCUGGGAGGUCUUGCUACCUCACCCCACCCACCUUUCAUCCCAACUUUAGGCCCUGGGUCAGGGGCAGGCAAGCAGUUCUUGCUGUGAUGUGCAAGUGUGUGAGCCAGUAAGUUAGGGACAAGGGGCUUUUUAUUGGAACAAAAGACACAGUAAAACUGUACUCCCACUGCCCGCAGCACUCCCCGCCCACUGUCUGGACUGGACUCCCCUUCUCGGACCGGUGGCUGGUUGGUUCCUACUGCCUUGUCCUCCCAGGCCUGGACAGCCAUGGGGUGGUCACUCCUGGAUGUUCUGUGUGAUCCAGCCUCUCACAGCAGCCACCCGGGUAUAGACACCUGGGAAGUGAGGUCGCCCGCAGCCAUAGCCCCAGCUGGUGACCCCAGUUAGCACCCACUGGCCAGAGGGUUCCCUGCAGGCCAGAGGUCCCCCAGCAUCACCCUGAGGGGAGGAGAGAGGAAAGGCACUCAGCAGGCCAGUUUCCUCCACCUCCCAUAGCAACCCUCGGGCAAGAGAGGACUGACCCGAUCUGCACACCUGGGGUGGCUGGCCUCCACAGGAGUCUCCUGGGCUCCCCAUGUGACCCCAAGUGAGUAGCCCUGUGAGCCUCACUUUUACUAUCUGGGAAAUGGGCUUAAUGCCAGGACAAGCCAUUCAUCUGUCUGGCAGACAUUUGUGAGCACCUGCCACAGGUUCCCUAGUAGAACGGCCUUACACUGCAUGCAGCCUGUUCCCAUUCCUCGCCUGCAGGGCGGCAGUGAGGAUGUGGGGUGGGAACUGGAUGCCCAAUAAACAGUGGUCCAUUGAAA